AUGGCACCCGAAUGGCAACUAAACAUGACUGAAGACAAUCAUAGAGACGACGGAGGUGUACAUUAUGAGCACGAUAAAGGUCCCGUGGCUGCUGUGGUGCUUUUUAUAUUUUGUAGUUGUGCAUUGGGAGCUCUUGUACGGCAGGUUGUGGAAAGUAUACCAGUUAAACUACCUUACACAGUUUUGUUAUUGUUGUUAGGUGUAUUGUUUGGUUUAAUAUCUAAAAAUGUACCAUCAGUUCAUGAAUAUGCCAACAUUGUUGAAACAGAUCCCCAUAUUAUUCUCCAUACCUUUCUACCAGUGCUCAUAUUUGAGUCUGCUUUUGCCAUGGAAGUCCACACAUUUAAAAGAACUUUUUUUCAAGUUUUAUUACUAGCUGUACCUGGUUUAGCUCUAUCAUCAUUUUUAGUCUGUAUAAUGUCUAGAUAUUUAUUUACCUAUGAAUGGAGUUGGACAAUAGGCAUGAUGUUUGGUUCUAUACUCAGUGCCACUGAUCCAGUAGCGGUUGUAGCCAUUCUCAGAGAAGUUGGUGCUUCUAAACAGUUAUCAAUGGUAAUAGAAGGAGAAUCUUUAUUAAAUGAUGGUGCUGCUAUAGUUUUCUUUAAUAUAUUUCUUACAUUAUGUACAUCAGAAGUAGGGCUUACAGGUUCUGACAUGGUGUUAACAUUUCUACGAGUAGCUGUUGGAGGUCCAGCAUUUGGUUUAGUCAUGGCUAAGAUAACAUUAUUUUGGUUAUCUAGAAUAUUUAAUGAUUGUUUAUCUGAAAUUACUAUUACUUUAGCUUCAACUUAUCUGACUUAUUAUAUAGGAGAACAGUUUUUAGGUGUAUCAGGGGUAUUAGCUGUAGUAGUAUUAGGUGUGGUUAUGAGUGGUAAAAAAACUAGUAUCAGUCCUGAAGUUGAGGCCUUCUUACACAGGUUUUGGGAAACAUUGGCGUAUCUAGCCAAUACACUGAUCUUUAUAUUAGUUGGUGUAGUCAUAUCAGAGAAAGCUAUCUUUAGAAUUCAUGGUAUAGAUUGGUUUUAUAUGUUUGCCUUAUAUUUUGGUCUUCAAGUUAUCAGAGGACUAGUGAUAGCCUUGUUCAGUCCAAUAUUACGUAGAAUUGGAUAUGGUAUGACAUGGCAAGAAGGUAUUAUAAUGACCUGGGGUGGUUUACGUGGUGCUGUUGGUCUGGCACUAGGUCUGUUAGUCUGGGAACAAGAACUACUCGAUUUAGAAAAUGUUAGGUUGAAGGUUUUAAUCCAUGUGUCUGGUAUAGUGUUUUUAACUUUACUUAUUAAUGCUACAACAGUUCCUCAUGUUCUUAAGAUAUUAGGCAUGAAUGAUGUUUCACCUGCGAAACGUAUGGCAAUGGCUAGUGCUUUAAGAUAUUUAGAGGAACUCAGACAAAAGACAUUUAAUAUGUUGAAAACGGAUAGAUUUUUAGCCGAUGCUGAUUGGGAUAUGGUAGAGAAAUCAUGUCAGAUCAUUGAUCCUUAUAGAAUUACUGAUGAAGAUAUUGUGUUAGAAGACUCUAUGGAUAUCAGACCUAAUGCUAUUUGUCCAGAUUGUGAUGCUUGUCUUCCAUCUCAACCGACUCGUAAAGAACUACGAGAGAUGACAAAUGAAGCUAUUCUUAGGUUUCUCAAAGCUGAAAAGUUAAGUUAUUGGAGACAGUUUGUACAGGGUAUGUUAUCUAGAGAGGCAGUGAGAAAAUUACAAGAAUGUACAGAAGUUGCUGCUGAUAAAAAAGGAAAGUUUAUUGAAGUUGAUGAAAUUAAGAAGUUAUGGGAAGUACCAGAAUAUUUGCUCAAAAUUAAAAGAUAUUUGAAGUCUGUUAUAAGAUUUGUACCUGUUAAAGUUUAUAAUUACAAGUACCUCAAAGCUUUAUACCACAUCACAAAUACCAAAGCCUUUCAUAUCUUUAUAUAUUGUAUAAUAGUCUUAGAUACCAUCAGCUCUUCUUUAUCUAUAGUAGCUUUAUAUGAUAUAGAUUGGCUGAACUAUCGUCAUAUUAUGGGAGCAUUUAAUGUGGUUUUUGUUAUAAUUUAUCUUAUGGAAGUGAUAAUAAAGUUGAUAUGUCAGCGACGUUUUUUCUUCACAGUAGUGUGGCAGAUAUUAGGUUUAUUAGUGGUCUUACACGGAAUAGUUGAUGCAGUAUUACAGUUUACUCUAGAACCAUAUAAUAUUGACAACAGUCCAAACACAGUUUAUAGAAAUGUUUUGGUAGUUAUGAUAUCAAUUAGAUCUAUCAGGCUGUUACGAUUGAUUGAGCCUCUAUUACCAACAAUUCUAUUAUUGGUUAAAACCAGAAUUAGUUUACAUCUAAGUAAUGGGUAUGAUUUAGGAAGAGGUUUUGUUUCUGGUGAAGAAGAAGUGAGAAAACUAAUAGAUCAUAUGGUAGAUAAUAGAGAUAUUGCUAAACAGCUCAAACAUCAUUGUGAUGCCUCCAAAUUAGAUGUUAUUCGAUGUUUAGGCCUGCUACAGAAAAACCACCCUGAUAUAGCAUUAUCAGUAAAAACAAGACAAGCCAUUAGAAGUGUAUUAAAUAAUUUAAGAGAUGGUAUUAAUGAACUACAUGAAGAUGGUGUACUGGUUGAAACAGAGAGAGAAAAAUUAAGAAAGAUGGUUGAGGUACAGAUGAAGAAAUUAUUAACAGCACCACCCAGUAUGCCUUUACCACCACCAGAAAAAUUACUCAAUAAUGUUACCUGGUUGCAAAAUGAUGAAAAACUUAUUGAUUAUUUUAAGAAUUGUGCUCAGUUAGUUAGUUAUGAUUAUGGUGAUGUGAUAUUAAAUGAAGGUGAUCCAUCACAAGGAAUUUAUAUUAUAGUUUCUGGUUUAGUUAGGUUGGAAACCACUAGAAGUCGUACUAGAUCAUCUACUAGUGCAACUACUCUUUUUGAAAAUAAACUGAUGGAUUUUCUUACAACUGGUAAUAUUAUUGGUGAAAUGGGAUUUUUAACUCACAGAUCUAGGAUGGCCAGUGUCAAAUGUGAAACAGCUGUUCAGUUACUGCAUAUAAGCUCUGAAGAUAUGGAAAAAGCUUUUGAAGAGUUUGUAGAAACUGAACCAUCUUUAGAAUAUAGAUUAUGGAGAGUUUGUGCUUCCAGAUUAGCUGUUAGUGUUUUAAUGGAACAACCAGAUUAUCAGGGAUGGACAAAAGAGAAGAUUAAAUUAAGAUUAGAGAAUUCCUAUCUUGUAUCAGGAGAUGAAAAUGACACAUUUACCAUUGAUUCUGGCAUGGCUGAUAUUUUAUUGAUACAUGGCUAUGCUCACAAUGCAUUUACAAGAGAACCAUUUGUUGGUCCAUGUUAUAUUCCACUAACAGUGUUAAAACUCAAUUUACAUACGGAUAAAAUAGCUAAACCAGUUAUUCUAAUAAUACCAAGUGAAAUGGGUCCCGGUAUACCAUCUGAAAGAAGACAAUCUUUCCAUGAUGUUAGUAGUGAACAUAAUCACUAUUUAGCUGCUAAGUUAUGUUUACGACAUGCCUCAGUACAUAGGCGUGAAUCAGCUGUUAGAGGCUUAAAUCCUUCCAAUAACAAAAAGGCAUUGUCCCAAAGACAUAGUGUAGCCCAGUUUUCUGGUGCUAGAAAACCAUCACAAGUUGAUAUUUUUGGAAGAAGACAAAGUAUAACAAGCAAUGCUUCCAAUAAAAACCAGAGUGUUCCACUAGGAAAGAGGAUGUCUACACCAGCUUGUAUAGAAACCCAUAAUCGUGAGCGACUUAUCUCUACUGGUUCAGAUAAUGCUUUCAAUUCUCCAGAACAUGGGAGAACAUCGUUCAGUGAUAUUCCAGGAAAUAGACUUCUCCCAACUGAUAUAGUACCAAGCCGCUUGGCAAGCAGACGUGGAUCUGAUGUUUCCCACAUAUUACCCACAAUACCUCAAGAGGAUUUCGAGGCUGAUUCUUCGUCUUUCAAACAUACUCCAGACUUAACUAAAGCUGAUCAUGAGUUGGAUAAAAAUACCUCUAAUCUGACAGAAAACGAGAGUCCUCAACAUCUUAAGCCUUAUCAUGGAAGAGGUUUACUCAAAUUUGACAGUAACUCUCAGAGCUCCCAGCUCUUGUUUCAGAGAUUGCGAACUUUAGAUAUGGAUCCUGCUAAUUCCGAUUCUGAUUCCAUGCGCGAAUAUGAUCAUCCCAAUAAUAACUCAAGUAGUGUUGAAGACAAUGAAAUGGCUGACACAAAUUCUAAUUAUAUCACAAAAAAUAAUCUAACACGGGCUAAAGGAAACUAUGACCCUAGUGAAGACUAUUAUAACUCAUGGAGGGUUGGUGGUAGAAAGUUGAGCCGUUUUUUCAGUGAUACAGACAGAGAUGAUGUGAUAUCCUGCUCCUCAACUGAUUCAACUGUUGAUAGUGAACCAGAUGAUACUGAAGAUGAAAUGCAUGAUGAGGUCCAUAUUAAUUUAGCAGCAGAAGAUGAUGAUGGUAAACCCCACACACAAUCCCGAACUUCCUGUUCUUCUAUCUUAGAUGAUGCUUCUAUGGUCAAGUAUGCCAAUGCUCUAAUGAACAACCUGAAUUCAGCUGAUUCUCACUCGAGCCACAGAACCAGAAAAACAGCAAUGGAGGCAGAAGCAGGUUCUUUUAUUUUACAGAACAUAGAACCAGACACGAAGAAUGAUGAGGCACCCUCAGCUAAUGACCAAGCUAUUGAAGAUAGCAACGAAGUUGUUGUAGGUGUUGAAAAUGAUCUUCCCCCUGAUCUUCCCACUUUAACUAGUGAAGCUUCUCGUGAUGUUGGAGAUGAUCAGAUUCAUUUUGUGAAUGAGACCAAAGAUGACAAUACUGAAGAAGAGAAAUCAGAUUCAAGAGAUGACGCUGAAGAUAAAGACAAAGAAGAAAUACAAGGCACUGUGGGUCCAAAAUGA